UUGUGAUGCAUGGUGAUUCGAAAGAUUGAGACGAUUUAGAUUUCCCUAACAGAGGAUUCAAACUUGAUUAGUUGAAUCUGGUUGAACGUUAUCACAAAUAUUAAUGUGUGUAACGAUACACGUGUCAGCAAUUUUUUAAUUUUAAAAAAUCAUUCCAUUUAAUAAAAUUUGUAACGAUGAUCAUACCUGUACGCUGCUUUACUUGUGGAAAAGUUAUUGGCAACAAGUGGGAGGCUUAUCUUGGUUUACUACAAGCGGAAUACACAGAAGGAGAUGCUCUUGAUGCACUAGGAUUAAAGAGAUACUGCUGCCGCAGAAUGCUUCUUGGCCAUGUGGAUUUGAUUGAAAAACUCUUGAACUAUGCACCAUUAGAAAAAUAAACACUAUGUUCAAUUGUUCAUUCCAUAUUUUAUCUUGUAUAUUAAUGCGUAUGUUGUAUCAUAACUGUAUAAGUUAGUUAAAGAUCAUGAUCAUGAAGCAGAAAGUAAAAAUACAUGUAUAUCAAUGUGAAGUGCAUUCCCAGUCAUAAAGUUUAAAUUAUUUAUAUUUCUACAAACUAUUGUAGCAGUAGACACAUUAUACAUAAACGGAGAAGGAAUAAAAUACACAAAAUAUACUG